AUGCCUCCCACAUACUGGACGAGGCCUCCUGCUCCUCUGCAAAAAGCUCUCUGCAGGGGGCAGCAGACACCUCCAUGGCGGCCCUCCUGCGGAUGGCUCUGGCUCACCUACAGCUCGAUGCGGCGUAGACAGUCAGCCCAGGCCAUUGCCUUCUUCAGGCGCAACCCUGCCCCGGCCACAUUCUCCGUCCCUCUUUCAGAGGAGUACUUGAAGGAGCUUCAUGCUUUCUGGAGGGACACUAGGGCCCUAUCCCACUCACAUCGGAUGCCCGGACCUUGGCUGCCAUGCAGAAUGCGGCACAGCCUACCGUCACCCCCCCAGCCUCAGGCGGCCUGGGUGGCAGGCGCUAGGCCCACGGGGCUGGUCGUCGGUUGUUUUUCCCAUCAGCAGCUCAGUUACUGGGCUGCCUGUACUUGGGUGGUUUCCACCUUGACCCAAGGGUACGAAUUGCAGUUCCGACGUCGGCCCCUAGCCUUCAGCCGGGUCAAAAUGACUGUUGUCAACGACCCGGCAAAGGCCUUAGCUCUGGACCAGGAGUUGUCCACCCUCCUGGCCAAGGGGGCAAUCGAGCCAGUGGAUGCUCUGCUGCACCCCAGAGGGUUCUACUCAAGGUUCUUUCUAAUAAAGAAGAAAGAUGGCAGUUUCCGCCCAAUUCUCGACCUGAGGGGACUCAACAGGUUCCUGAAGGUCUUACCAUUCCACAUGCGCAUCAGACACGCUGCGGGUGGUCACAAGGGGAGAGUGGUUCACCACGGUGGACCUGAAGGACGCAUACUUCCACGUCCCAAUUGCACCGCGCCAUCAGCACCUCCUUCGGUUCGCCUUUCGCGGCCGUCAUUUUCAAUUCAGGGUACUUCCCUUUGGUCUCUCCCUCUCCCCGAGGGUAUUCAGCAGGGUGGUGGCGGCAGCUCUCGCACCCCUGCAGAAGCAGGGCACGAAGGUCCUGCCGUAUUUGGACGACUGGCUGAUCUGUGCACGUCCCAGUCUCAGGUGGCCCGGGACACGGCUCGGCUACUCUUGCACGUGGUCUGA